UACUCACGAGACUCGAACGAAUUCCACUGAACGGCGAAGACGGUCUCUGCUCAGCAGAGCUCGAGGAAGUAAACAAAGACAAAGAGGUUAAAAGAGAGGCAAAGAGAGGGUAGAAAACAUUAGUGUGUCUGUUUCUGAGUAGGAUAGUGAAUCUUUGGGACAGUGGGUCUGCUGCUCCGCCCCCGCGAGGAACACUUCUGCAGUUAAAAGACGGAAAGGACAUCGAUACGAGCACGAGACGAUAUUUUUAAACCACGGACAGAUGUACUCAAAAGCAAAGACUUCCGUGUGAUAAGACUGCGACUGAAAAUAUUUAGUGGGUAAAGGUGCCAGCAGCAGGAUGGGGAACAGCAGCAGUGACCGGGGGUCCAGCGGGGGUCAGGGGGACCGAUCCUACAGAGAUGGACAGCAGGGAGGGAAAGAGGCCCGACCCAACAUCCUGAUGGACAGCACAGAGGACGCAGACCUGUUCCAGAGAGAGGACACAAAGGCUCCACAGGAAAUUCAGGAGUUUCUGGCCUGGCAGCAGGACCUGGAGAGCGAAUGCAAAAGUCCAACACAAGCCAGACCCACUGUGUUCAGGUGGACGGGGGGUGCUAAAGAAGUCUUUGUGUCAGGCUCUUUUAACAACUGGGCCACCAAGAUCCCUCUCAACAAAAGUCAGAAAAACUUUGUGGCGAUCGUGGACCUGCCGGAGGGCGAGCACCAGUACAAGUUCUGUGUAGAUGGUCAGUGGACGCUCGAUCCUACAGGGGCUGUGAUGACAUCUAAAACAGGGACAGUCAAUAACGUCAUCAACGUGAAGAGAACUGACUUUGAGGUGUUUGACGCCCUCAGACUUGACUCACAGGAUUCUGCAGACAUCUCAGACUUGUCAAGUUCCCCUCCCGGCCCGUACCAACAGGAUCCUUAUGUUACCAAGUCAGAAGACAAGAUCAAAAAUCCUCCCAUCCUACCUCCUCACCUGCUGCAGGUGCUCCUCAACAAGGACACGGGUGUCUCUUGUGACCCAACGUUGCUUCCAGAGCCAAACCAUGUAAUGCUCAAUCACCUGUAUGCCCUAUCAAUCAAGGAUGGGGUGAUGGUUCUCAGCGCAACACACAGAUACAAAAAGAAGUAUGUGACCACUCUUCUCUACAAGCCUAUAUAAUCCACACUACAGUGAUGCAGACUCUUGUUUUAAAAUGAUUAUUCAUCUGUUGUCAUACAUGGCUGCUACUUGAAUUGUUCCUGCCUCUUAUAACGCUGUAAUCUCAUACUUUUUUAAUACCAUUCCCCUAUUUUAGUGCUACAAUAUGUUUUAUGUGAUCCAACCAGAACUCUGAAGCCUUGUUCCCUCUGAUGAAUUAGUGCCAACCAAAAGUUUUAAGGAAAAUGAACAAAGGAAGAAAUGUGGAUAUUGUCAUUCCUUACUCUUUGACCUGCACAUGUCAAAGUUUUUUAGUUGAUAACAAGAGACCAAAACAUGUAAUGCAUUUCUGAAAAUCUGCCUUAGUACAGACUUACCUCUUUAAAGUUUGAAAAACUAAAGCCUAAGCUGGUUUGGUUGUCUUAUUUCUCAUCAGAAAUAUCCCAUAACACUUAAGAGUGCAUUCAGUAGUAAGUAAGUAGUCAGACCCCCUUCACUGUUUUCUAUUUUGCUAUGUUGCAGCCUGAUGCUACAGCCAUUUAAACGCGUCUUUAUUCUCACUGAUCUUCACUCAGUACCCCAGCAUGACAAAGUGAAAACAGAAUUUAAAAAGUUUUGCUAUUUUACAAAACACAAAACAAAACUGAAAUAUCAAAUUGACCCAAGUAUUCAGACGUUUUGCCAAAAAAAAGUAUUUGCAAUUUAGCCCAGGUCCCUCUUAUUUCUCUGGAUCGUUGCUGAGAUGUCCACCUGUGGUAAACUAAAUUGAUUAGACAUAAUUUGGAUAGGCACACACCUCUCUAUAGAAG